AUGGUUGUUGUUGUUGUAUCUCAUGCAGCUAAUUUGGAACUAGAUCCUUACAUCAGAGAGCUCACAAAAACAAGAGGUGCUAUUGAGGAAUUUGUUAAUCCCAAACGCAAAGAUUCUAGCAAGACUUCAUUCAAAUCCUCCACCCUGUUUGAGUGUAUGAUGCAAGAUUAUCCCAAAACGUUGCCUCCAUCGGCAAGGGUUGGAUUCACAGUGAUGGAUACAUGGUUUGCUUAUGCACCUGUGAAGAACCACCCUGAAGUUGCAGCAAAGGUACCCAAGGGAAACCCAUAUCACAGUGCUACUUCUGGGGAAAUGGCCAUCUAUCGGGCAAACAGCCUCAUUCUUAGGAAGGCUGGUGUCCAGAUAGAUGAUCCUGUACUUCAGGUAUUCAAUGGACAAGAGAUAGACGUAUGGCGUCGAAUCAUAUGGAAACCAAAAUGGGUGCUGAAUUUUGCUGAUGUGAAAAGCAAAGUCGGAGGUAGCUGUGCCAUCUCUCCGAGAUCCACCAUGGUCCUAAAGGGGCGUAAUGUGUUUAUUGAGGGUCUCUCUUUUGAUGGAGCUCUCAUUGUCAACUCAUUUGCAUCAUCUGGUUUCUUGACAGAAACCCUUCUCCGCCAUUUGUGCGUGUUUUUCUCCGCCGUUCGUGCGUGCCAUUUCUCCGCCGUUUGUGUGUGUACUACUUCUCUUCUCCUUUUUGUUCCGUUCACCAUGAUCCUUGGAAUCGUUGGUGACGAUACCGACGAUGCCGAUGACGAUGAAGAUGAACUCACCCCUUUUUUCACGGUUCAUCACCGCCCUGUUUUUUUCGUUUUCUUUGUUUGUUUGUUUGCAGGUGUUGCUGACGCAGGUGUUGGUGGCACUGAGUUUAUCGUUGACUCAGAAAUUCCAGUCGCUGUUCAACCUUCACCAUACCUCUCUUGUCGCCGAAUGAAUCUCCACUCGCUGAUCCAACAGAUCAUUGCAGAUCUGUUCGAAAGUAGGCUAUGGCAACGUUUUAGAUGGUUUUUUAACUAUCUAUCGAAGCUCCACUCGUCGAUCCAGUAG